AUGCCGCCUCGUAAGGACUAUCCUGACUGGUUUUUCCGCUGGCUCGAUUGGAAUGCAGACCAAGGGACAAACACUUCCUACGAUUUCCCCGACCUCUUCGACGACGACCUCUCGGAGCUUUCUCCGUCCGACUGGGAUUGCGGCUGUGACAGCGACGAUUCCGACUGCGAAAUCCAAUGCUUGCCCCCACCUGUCCACCCGGCGCCUACAUCUCGCAGUGGCCAGUACUCAAUGGCGAAUAACUACAAGUUUGCGAAUAAAGUGCGAGAGCGCUACAAACGAGAGGUGCGCUUCGAGAAGAAAUUUGCCGAGAGGACCCAGAAACGCGAGACAGUAUACGAACGGAAAUACUAUGAGAUCCGCCUGAAGAAACUUUCCAAGAUGGAGGCCGCCAUCGCGAACAUCCGCAAGAAUUCAUCGGUCCAACCCCACAAGAUGCCAUCCGUCCAAGACCUCAGGGAAAAGGAGUAUAACCUCAUCUCCAUCACCCCACAUGCGAAAGAACAUCUGGCUAUGACCAUGUUCGGCAAGUGA